AUGAGAUUGGACGGUGUUGGUUCUUCCACUACUGCAAUUCAACAAUUUAUUCAAGCAUUGCAUCGACAAUUUCCAAUUAAGGAUCUCGGUCUCCUCUCUUAUUUUCUCAGAAUAGAAGUUCUUCACUCUCCUAAAGGAAUUCUUUUAAGCCAGCAAAAGUACAUUUCUAAUUUGCUUGAACAAACUGGCAUGACGGAUGCAAAGGACUGUAGUACUCCCAUUGCUGUCAAACCAAUCUUGAAUAAAAUCGAUGGUACUCUUCUUGAAGAUGGCACUCAAUUUUGGCAAACAGUUAGUACUCUUCAAUAUGCAACCAUGACCCGUCCAGACAUUUCUUUUGCAUGUUUUACUGAUAGUGAUUGGAGCAGGUGCAAUGAUGAUCGAUGA